UCUCAGUCCCAAUUAUCUUCACCGACUUUGAUCAUUGUAUAUGAAUGUGAGGAGAAGGGAAUGCAUAUCGACUUACAAAUCAUUAACCAAGUUUGAAAUUUUGGGAUAGUUUGAAUGUCUGAUCACUGCGUGUUGUAGGCAGAGGUGGAGGAGUUGCAGAACAAGAACGUGAUGCUGCUUAUUUUGGACCAGACCUUGUCGAACGCAGACAUAAUAACCCACAACAGCAUCUGCAAAAAGAAAGAUUCCAAUCCAGUAACUAAGAAAUUGUGUGGGUUCCUGUUGCGGAUGUUAUAGAUGACAAAGAGUUCGAAAAGAGGAGAUUUCAGAUGCCCUGGUACUUGUGCAACUCCGUCGUUGGCAAUGCAGCAGCAAAGUUCAUCGGGAAGUGUAGGCAAUUUAAGCAGCAGACGAAGGUUGUCGUGUCGAAUGAGAAGUGGGAGGUGGAGAACACGGGCGCAAUGUCGGUGAUACGCCUUUGGGGAUCGAAAGCCGUCCUGUUCAAGCGGAAGAGGAGCGGCGAGCUGUGGGAAGAGCACAGCAACAACUGGCUCAAGCUUGUGGCAAUCGACGCGGUCUUCCAAUCUAUCGAACAAAGCUUUGAAAGGAACGAGCUCAUGUUCUUGUGCGGCUCAGCUGAAGACUCCAACCCUGUCGAACAGAUUGGAAACAUCCUGAGCAGUAAAACCUAUGCCUCCUUCAACUUCAAGUUCUUCAACAUCACCACCAACCCCAAAAGAAACCAAUUCCUUUCCCCACCUCGAGAACUGCAUAUGCUAGAAGAUGCUGGCAAACAAGGAGACGCACGAUCCCUGGACGCUGAAGCUGAUCGAGCUCCACAACAGUUACAAGACGCAAAGCGGAUUGGCCAUCUUAGCGUGGGGUCCGAGAGUGAUCCUCAACACCAGUCUCCCGGAUCUCUGGAAAGUGCUGUCGGAGCACCAAUCUUGGAUCAACAAAACGACUAACACACAGAAUUUCGACACUCACUUCCUAGCGUGCUACAAGGAGGUCAUAGUCAUGCUGUGAUGCUACAAAUUCUCUAUCCCCAACAUGGUCGGCGACAUACCCGAGUGGAUCAAGUGCCCCACCGACAAUUGCCCUCGGAACAUGGGGACCAUUGUCAGCUUCAAGUGCUGCCACGGUGCGCAUUGACCAGCCAAUAAGGCCGCAGAGCUCAACGCCUUCGUUUGGUGCUCCAGAAUAAACACGAACUGCUUAGCUCAGACGCGUUUUCCCAUCAUUUCUUUCCUUUCCAGUUUGAUAUCGCUGUCCAUUAUGUGAGGUUGGAAUAUGUAACAAGGUUGUGUUUAUAUGCUGUGCACAGCUUGAUGUACCGUCCAUGCGGACACAGUGCGCAGCGAAUAAAAGUUGUUCAUCAUCUGUAACAAGGUUGCAAGUGUAAUGUGCAGAACUAGAUGUACUGUGCAUGCAGAAUCUGUGCUACGAGUAAAAGUUUUCAUCA